AUGAUUGAUAUUGAUGCUUAUGAUUCUGAGAAAAAUAGGGAAAUAGAAUUUGUAUUAGAUGAACAAGUGCCGUUGGAAAUACGAGGAAUGGAUAAUGAAAAUAUGGUUGACGAGAAUAAUAUAAAUUGGGAAGCUUUUCAAAGGGUGGGUGAUCGAAUCCCAACAGCCACUUGGUAUAUAGUUCUCUGUGAACUUUGUGAAAGAUUCACAUAUUAUGGUGUAUCUGGUCCGUUCCAAAACUAUAUACAAUUCCCAAAACCCAAACACCCGGGAGAACAACCUGGCGCAUUAGGGAAAGGACAACGUAUAGCAACAGCGCUUGCUCUUUUCUUUAGUUUCUUCUGUUACCUUACGCCAAUUCUGGGCGCGAUAAUCGCUGAUAAAUAUCUUGGAAAGUACAGGACAAUAUUAAUUUUCAGUUGUAUUUACAUGAUUGGCUUAUCGGUGUUAACUUUUUCGGCGUUACCAGCUUCAAUUGAUGCCGGAGUCGCAUUACCAGGACUGGUUCUUGCAAUGAUCAUAAUAGGAUUUGGAACAGGAGGGAUAAAAUCGAAUGUUUCGUCGAUGGUAGCAGAACAAUAUCCACAAAAGAAAUCUUAUUUAAAGACAUUGGAGAAAGGGGAGAAAGUUGUGAUAGAUCCGAAACUUACAGUGCAGUCGAUAUUCCAUUGGUUUUAUCUUGCGAUAAAUAUUGGAGCGCUGUCGCCGAUAAUAACAACAAAUGUUGAAAAAUAUCAUUCUUUUUGGUUAGCAUAUUCAAUUCCAUUCAUUGUUUUUGUGAUAGCAAUCUCAAUAUUUUUCCAAGGAAGACAUCAAUAUAUAAAAACGCCUCCAAAAGGAUCGAUCAUUAUCGACGCGACUAAAGCUCUUCGAAUUGCAUUAGCAAAUGGGCGAAACUUGAGCAAAGCUCGCCCUUCAGCCAUGACCCCUCUUGAACGACGACAUCACAAUAUAAAAUAUGAUGACCAAUUCAUCGACGAGUUACAAUCCACCGUAAAAGCAUGCCAGGUGUUUAUAUUCUAUCCAGUUUACUGGGCUGCCUACAACCAACUACAUACCAAUCUAAUUUCGCAGGGUGCAACAAUGCAAACUGGUAUCAUCCCAAACGAUAUUAUGAACAAUAUCGACCCGAUCGUUUUGAUUAUUUUGAUCCCGAUUCUCGAUCGAUGGUUUUAUCCCGCGUUAAGGAAACGGAAAAUUUUGUUCGGUCCGGUGACGAGAAUGUUUAUUGGGUUCAUGUUUUCCACGCUGGCGAUGACUUAUAGUGCAAUAGUUCAGAUGGGUAUCUAUAAUACAGGACCUUGUUAUGAACAAACGCGUUGUAUUGUUGAUGGAAAAAUUAUGCCCAAUAAUAUUAGUAUUUGGUGGCAGACUCCUACUUAUAUCCUCACCGCUAUCUCUGAAGCUUUCGCAUGUGUAUCUGCUCUCGAAUUUGCAUUUCAAAAGGCUCCAGCUUCAAUGAAAUCAAUAGUAACAGCAUUAUACCUCGGAACAACAGGUCUUGGUGCAGCUCUCGGACUCACCAUAGUUCCACUAUCAAAAGACCCGUAUACAAUCUAUAUAUACGUCAUUCUAGCAUUCAUGACUUUUAUUUCUGGGUGUGCGUUGCUGUUUUUCUUUCGACAAUAUAAUCAGGAUGAUUGGGAAAAUGGUAACAAUAGUAUUCCCUUAGUUUCGCGGGAAGUUGGUGGUGGGAAUGUUCUUGACGAUUUGAAUGAUGAAAGGAGUGGCUGA